UGGUGCCGCUCGCUACUGGUGGCUGAGCAUGCGAGCCAGGCUGGAGAAGUAGGAGGGUGGCUGGAGCCAGCCUCUCUCGCUGCUGGGAGAGAGGAAGAGGCGAGGUUUCGCGCUGGUUGGGGUGGAUUUUUUUUUUUCCUGUCUGUGCUCAGCAAUGCAGAGAAUCAGGAAGUCACCGCAGCCAAAUAGGACUCACACAGACAUGUUUGAUCGUGGUGACAUGAUGACGGGGGAGAGAUAGGCCCUGAUCUGCCAUGAAAGCUCGCGAUCGGCGCGUCUGGCAUCUCACCCACGGCGGGCGUGCCUAGAUCUUCUUCGGGUGUCACUCCAGAAAGCUCAAUCACUGAUUCCAAGAGAGACAGUGUAGAUGUCUACACCAACUGAUCCUUCUACAAUGCCUCAUCCAGGCCCUUCACCAGGGCCAGGGCCAUCUCCAGGACCUAUCCUAGGUCCCAGCCCAGGACCUGGGCCAUCACCAAGCUCAGUACAUAGCAUGAUGGGACCAAGUCCUGGACCUCCAAGUGUACCACAUCCAAUGCCAUCUAUGGGACCGGGUGAUUAUUCACAGGAAGGCAUGCACCAAAUGCACAAACCUAUUGAUGGUUUGCAUGAAAAAGGGAUAGUUGAAGACCUACACAACAGCUCCAUGAAGGCUGCAAACAUGCGACCACCUCUUCCUGGCAUGGGACCACCUCAGAGUCCAAUGGAUCAACACAGUCAAGGCUAUAUGUCUCCGCAUCCGUCUCCCCUGGGAGCACCUGAGCACGUUUCUAGUCCAAUGUCUGGAGGAGGUCCAACUCCACCUCAAAUGCAACCGAGCCAGCCAGGACCCAUGAUGCCUGUGGACCCACAAGUGAUGAGUCAACCCAGUAGAGGCCCUUCACCUUUCAGUCCUGUUCAAUUGCAUCAGCUCCGAGCUCAGAUUUUAGCAUACAAAAUGCUGGCUAGAGGACAGCCAAUCCCUGAAAACAUUCAGCUUGCUGUACAAGGAAAAAGGUCACUGCCUGGGAUUCAGCAGCAACAGGCUCUUUACAAACCAUCCGGAGUUGUUCCCAUGCCUGGACACGGAGUUGCUUCAGGAAUGCCAGGACAUACAGCUGCCAUGGCUCCAAAAACUUGGCCAGAAGGGCAAGGAGUGGAUAUAAAUGUCUCAAAUACACCCCAAAAGUUGGCUGUUCCUCCUCCAAGUGGAAGACCAUCACCUGCCCCUGCUCCUACCCAACCCACAGCUGUAAUGCCAGGUCCUUCUGUACCACAGCCUGCAGCUGGUCAGCCUUCGCCUAUUGUUCAGCUGCAGCAAAAACAGAACCGUAUCAGUCCCAUCCAAAAGCCUCAGGGGCUGGAUCCUGUUGAAAUUCUUCAGGAACGGGAAUAUAGGCUUCAGGCUCGAAUUGCACACAGAAUUCAAGAAUUAGAAAAUUUGCCUGGUUCUUUACCUCCAGAUCUGAGGACUAAAGCCACAGUGGAGUUGAAAGCGCUUAGGCUACUGAAUUUCCAGCGCCAGCUGCGACAAGAAGUAGUGGCAUGCAUGCGUCGGGACACAACUUUGGAGACUGCUCUGAACUCUAAGGCAUACAAACGGAGCAAGCGGCAGACCCUGAGGGAAGCCCGAAUGACCGAGAAACUUGAGAAACAACAGAAAAUAGAGCAGGAGAGAAAACGUAGACAGAAGCACCAGGAAUAUCUCAAUAGCAUUUUACAGCAUGCUAAAGAUUUUAAAGAAUACCAUCGGUCAGUGGCUGGAAAAAUUCAGAAGCUUUCCAAAGCUGUGGCUACUUGGCAUGCCAACACAGAACGGGAACAGAAGAAAGAAACAGAGAGGAUUGAGAAAGAACGAAUGAGAAGGCUGAUGGCUGAAGAUGAAGAAGGCUACCGCAAACUCAUUGAUCAGAAAAAAGACAGACGUCUAGCCUAUCUGCUGCAGCAAACUGAUGAAUAUGUGGCCAAUCUGACAAAUUUGGUGUGGGAACACAAGCAAGCACAAGCUGCCAAAGAAAAAAAGAAGAGGAGAAGAAGAAAGAAGAAGGUAGAAGACAACAUGGAAGGAAUAGGAUCUGGACUUGGUCCUGAUGGAGAACUCAUAGAUGAGAGCAGUCAGAUGAGCGAUCUCCCGGUCAAGGUAACUCAUACAGAAACAGGCAAAGUUCUCCUUGGACCAGAAGCUCCUAAAGCAAGUCAAUUGGAUGCUUGGUUAGAAAUGAACCCAGGCUAUGAAGUUGCUCCCAGGUCAGACAGUGAAGAUGAAAGUGGCUCAGAAUAUGAAGAAGAUGAAGAUGAAGAUGAAUCAAGUAGACAAGAAUUAGAUGAAAAGAUACAUCUGGAUCCCAACACUGAAGAUGUUUCAGAAAAAGACGCUAAGCAAAUCAUCGAGACAGCCAAACAAGAUGUGGAUGACGAAUACAGCAUGCAGUACAGUGCAAGAGGCUCUCAGUCUUACUAUACAGUGGCUCAUGCAAUCGCUGAGAGAGUGGAUAAGCAGUCCUCUCUUCUUAUCAACGGCACCCUGAAACAUUACCAGGUCCAGGGCCUGGAAUGGAUGGUUUCCUUAUAUAAUAACAAUUUGAAUGGAAUUUUAGCUGACGAAAUGGGGCUAGGAAAGACCAUACAGACGAUAGCACUCAUCACUUACCUGAUGGAUCAUAAAAGGCUUAAUGGACCCUAUCUCAUCAUUGUUCCCCUCUCGACUUUAUCCAACUGGACAUAUGAAUUUGACAAAUGGGCCCCUUCUGUGGUGAAAAUUUCUUACAAGGGUACACCUGCUAUGCGCCGAUCGCUUGUACCUCAGCUACGUAGUGGGAAAUUUAACGUUCUUUUGACUACAUAUGAAUACAUCAUAAAGGACAAACACAUUCUUGCUAAGAUUCGGUGGAAAUAUAUGAUUGUAGAUGAAGGUCAUCGAAUGAAGAACCAUCACUGUAAGCUGACUCAGGUGCUAAAUACUCAUUAUGUGGCACCAAGAAGGAUUCUCUUGACUGGAACGCCAUUGCAGAACAAAUUACCUGAACUUUGGGCUCUCCUUAAUUUUCUCCUCCCAACAAUUUUCAAGAGUUGCAGCACUUUUGAACAAUGGUUCAAUGCUCCUUUUGCCAUGACUGGAGAAAGGGUGGAUUUAAAUGAGGAGGAAACUAUUCUGAUUAUUAGGCGUCUCCAUAAAGUGCUAAGACCUUUCUUGUUAAGAAGGUUGAAGAAAGAGGUUGAAUCUCAGUUACCAGAAAAGGUUGAAUAUGUGAUAAAGUGUGAUAUGUCAGCCCUGCAGAAGAUUUUGUAUCGCCACAUGCAAGCCAAGGGAAUCCUGCUUACUGAUGGCUCGGAGAAAGACAAGAAGGGAAAAGGUGGAGCCAAAACACUCAUGAAUACCAUCAUGCAGCUGAGGAAAAUAUGCAAUCACCCAUAUAUGUUCCAACAUAUUGAGGAAUCCUUUGCUGAACAUUUGGGUUAUUCCAGUGGUGUUAUCAAUGGAGCUGAGCUUUAUCGGGCUUCUGGAAAGUUUGAGCUACUUGAUCGAAUUCUACCAAAGUUGCGAGCCACUAAUCAUCGUGUGCUUCUUUUCUGUCAAAUGACAUCCCUUAUGACUAUUAUGGAAGAUUACUUUGCCUUUCGAAACUUUGCUUACUUGCGACUUGAUGGAACAACAAAGUCAGAAGAUCGAGCAACUCUGCUGAAGAAAUUCAAUGAGCCCAAUUCCCAAUACUUUAUUUUUCUGCUGAGCACAAGAGCAGGAGGUCUGGGUUUGAACCUUCAGGCAGCUGAUACUGUUAUAAUUUUUGACAGUGAUUGGAAUCCUCACCAGGAUUUGCAAGCACAAGACAGAGCUCAUCGAAUUGGGCAGCAGAACGAAGUUCGAGUCUUACGAUUGUGCACAGUGAACAGUGUCGAGGAGAAAAUCUUGGCAGCCGCAAAAUAUAAACUGAAUGUGGAUCAGAAGGUUAUUCAGGCUGGCAUGUUUGACCAAAAAUCUUCAAGCCAUGAACGAAGAGCUUUUCUCCAAGCCAUAUUGGAACAUGAAGAAGAAAAUGAGGCCAAGGCACAGCCGACAGCAACGGGCCGCACACCGAGGGGCCGAGCUCGUUUAAGCGCAGACCAAUCCCGCUUAGCCGCUCAAACCCCACGUGGCAGCCCACAUCCUACUCCACAGGAGGUGAAGAGUCCCAUCGUACCGGAAGGAGGGCCCAUAACCACGAAUGAUGAUGAAGAAAGCGACCCAAAUGACCCCAUGGAAGAAGAUGAAGUUCCUGAUGAUGAGACUCUGAAUCAGAUGAUUGCACGAAAUGAAGAGGAAUUCGAUCUUUUCAUGCGAAUGGACCUGGAUAGGCGUAGGGAGGAUGCUCGAAACCCAAAACGCAAACCGCGCUUGAUGGAGGAAGACGAUUUGCCAUCUUGGAUCAUCAAAGACGAUGCUGAAGUGGAAAGACUUACAUGCGAAGAGGAGGAGGAAAAAAUAUUUGGGAGAGGGUCCCGUCAGCGUCGGGAUGUGGACUACAGUGAUGCUUUGACAGAGAAACAGUGGUUAAGGGCAAUUGAAGACGGCAACUUGGAAGAAAUGGAAGAGGAGGUUCGGCUUAAAAAACGUAAAAGGAGAAGAAAUGUGGACAAGGAUUCAGGCAAAGAAGACGGUGAGAAGGCAAAAAAGAGGAGAGGAAGGCCUCCAGCUGAAAAAUUGUCACCCAAUCCACCUAAACUGACAAAGCAAAUGAAUGCCAUAAUUGAUACCGUGAUCAACUAUAAGGACAGUUCAGGACGGCAGUUAAGUGAAGUCUUCAUUCAGCUGCCUUCUCGAAAAGAAUACCCAGAAUAUUAUGAGUUAAUUAGAAAACCAGUGGACUUCAAAAAAAUUAAGGAAAGAAUUCGUAAUCAUAAAUAUCGGAGUCUCAGUGACUUGGAGAAGGAUGUCAUGUUGUUGUGUCACAAUGCCCAGACCUUCAACUUAGAAGGAUCACAGAUCUAUGAGGACUCCAUUGUUCUUCAGUCCGUCUUCAAAAGUGCACGGCAGAAGCUUGCCAAAGAAGAUGAAAGCGAGGAAGACAGCAAUGAGGAAGACGAAGAUGAGGAAGACGAGUCAGAAUCUGAAUCAAAAUCUGUGAAAGUGAAAAUUAAGCUAAACAAGAAAGAGGACAAAAACCGAGAUAAAGGGAAAGGCAAGAAACGCCAGGUUCGGGUCAAAGCCAAACCGGUUGUGAGUGAUGAUGAUACUGAUGAGGAUCAAGAUGAAAAUGACCAGUCGGAAGUAAGUGGAAGUGACGACGAGUGAUCCACACAGUUUAAAGACAAAAUUUCUUCUCUCGGUUUACACCCAGUGAAUUCACUUGGUCAGAUAGGCAUCGGGGUGCUUCUGUAUUUAUAUCAUCUAUAAAUUAACUUUAGGGUUAGUAUCAGACAAACAUAUUUUGUGGUGUAAAAAAAAUGUAACAUACUGUGACCAAAAAGGCCUCAAAGGAAAAACAAAAAAACCCUUUUGAUGGGAAAAACAUGGGUGGAUAGUAUAUUUCUAUGGGUUGGAUUUAGCUAACUAAUGAUUUGACAAUUCCUGGGUUCGAUAUUUGAUUAGAUGCUCUCAACCGGCAUCAAGAACGUUAAAAAAAUAAAAGUCUUUUGUAGCAUUGCUAACCAGGAGCCAUUAAAAGCAACUGGUGAUUUUAUUUUUCAUCAGGCAAUUUUCCAAGUUUUAUUAGUUCUGUAUCUGUUUUACAUUGUGCUACAUAAUAUGCAGUUUUGUUUAAUAGCUUCUAAAUGUACAGUAGCUAGUCUCUCGCCCACCCUAUACCAUUUGUUGCUUCAGUUUAUGCUCCAUAAUCUCUUGAAAAAGAAAUGCUUUUUGAACUGUAUACAUGAAAUUUAUGUCUACUGUAAACUUUACUUUUCCCCCCCUCCUCUUUUUUCCCCCCUGAUUAUAAAAAGUUGGAUUUAAAAUGCUGUUAAAUAUUGCGAUUAUAGUAUAAUGAAUGGCUUUUUUCAUCAGAUUCUUUUGCGCUACCAUUUAUGGUUUGUUACCUUUCCUCAAAGUGUACUUAUCUUUGCUUUCUUUGCACAAUGUCUUUGGUUGCAAUUCAUAAGCCUGAGGCAAAUAAAAUUCCAGUAAUUUUGAA